AUGGCAUUGAAUAUGUAUUUUCCCCACCGAUGCGGUCGUAACUAUUGGGAUGUCUGGGAUUGGCCGCAGUCUGUGUUCGGACAACACUUUGGUCUCGAUUUGAAAGACUUGGAGGAAUGGAUGGAAGGGUCGUCGAGAGGACACAAAUCGAAAGAAUUGGUGCAAAGAAGUGGUGAAUCACUUGUGGGCAACACUUCGGACCAGUUCUCCGUACGUCUGGACUGCAGUCACUUCACACCCGAAGAGAUCGAAGUGAAGACAGUCUCGAAUUCAGUG